AUGCAUACUUGUCGCCGCGAACCCAGUGACCGCGUAUGCCAGUGCGCGGGUGGACGGAACGACAUUGACGCCUAUAGUGUUCUGAACGACACUGUGCAAGACGCCGAAUCGAGUCUUGCGGCUGCCCAGAAGCGCCUUGAGCUUGUACGCCGGCGUGACGGGUCUUCUGCGCGCGAACACAACACCCGGCGCCUGCACACGAUACUGCCACCGGAGCUGCUAUUGCACGUCGCCCGAUACGUCGUCGCUGACAAUCCCCGCGCUGCCCCAAAGCUAGCCGCCAUAUGCACAGCCUUUCGCGACAUUAUACACUCCACUCCGGACCUCUGGCAACGCAUCUACAUUACCCAACGCGACACGGACCCUGCUGAGAUUGUCCAUGCCUAUGUCCAACGCUCUGCCCAGCGUCAUCUCGACAUUUCUCUCCGUAUAUUUGCUGUAGACGACCCAGCCACUCCCGGCUACGACGACUCGGAGCGCGACAUUGGCAACCUCUACGAGCGUCUCACCGAGGCACGUGAGUCCCUCAGGGGUCGCUCUCACCCCUCUCCCGACGAGUGGCCCCCUGCCCUUGAGACACUGCUCAACGAGCUGCAUGCAUUCAAGUCCCGUGCCAUCACCGUUGCCGAGUGGGACUCGUCAUUGGCUCGCGCCGUCGACAUCAUAUUCAACCAGUUUCAUCGCUGCAUUCGCUUCGAGUUUCUCUCUACCCGCAGACGUCCCACCGAACUCAUUGCAGACCGCAUACGCGAGACUAGUGCACCCAAACUACGCGAUCUUGUACUUCACGUUGAUCCCAGCUGUCGCCUACCCCCGGUCGCACCCCGGGACGCACCCAUGCUUGCCUCGGCUGAUGUCCAAGGCGUGCUCGUAUCGCCUGUUCCUCCCUUUAGGUUAGUCCUGCCUUUCAUUUCGCAAGGCCCAUCUCACACCCCUCCCAGCGGUUUACGUCAACUGCGCCUGGUAAACGGCACAUUCGAGGCCCCAGCUACUCCCUUGACCAGCAUCCUUUCUCUCCUGGGCGCCAACCCCGAGCUCGAAGAGCUAUCUUUGCAGCCCAACAUCCCAUUGCCCGCACCCUCUACCACUCACGCUUGUGCAAAUAUCUCCUUGCCUCACCUCAGUCGGCUGCGCCUAACACACAACGUCAGGCUCGAGCGCCUUAUGCAGAUCCUCCAACUUCCUGCCCUAACCGAGCUAACCCUCAGUCUACAAGCUGGAUCUCGUCCCGCUCCCCUCCGUACUAUUUUUCAAGGCCAGCCUUAUCCCAAACUACAAAUGCUCCACCUCAACAAUAUUUUCGUUCACGCUGCUUCCACCGACCUGGUCACGGCCCUCAGGCAUCUCAACACCUUGCGCAAAUUGGUCAUCUCCGACAGCAUCCUCAGCGAGAAUGUCUUGCGUACACUCUCCGACCCCGAGUGUUGCCCAGCCCUCGAAGAACUACUGUUUGAAAAGUGCGAGGGCAUCACCGAGGAGGGUAUCUUGGGCAUAUGGAAUGCUAGGGAGAGUCACCAAUUAGGUAGGAGUCCUGGCUCCCGACGUAUCGAGCUUUGCCGAUCUUCGAGCACUAGCAGCACUUCCAGUGGCGACACUGAAUUAGGCACUGGCUUGCGCCUGCUCGUCGUGCGCAACUCUUCGGCCCCGUUGGCCGACAUCCAGUUUGGCGAGUCCCACUAG